UCUUCAUCUUCAACCAUUUGUGAGGUUUCCUUUUCUCAGCAAUUUUUGCCUUCGUAAAAUAUUUUUACUGCAAAAAAACUCUGCAAAAUUGACUUUUAAUGUGAUAAAGAGAGAGCAAAAAGGGGAGACAAAAUGGGGAUCUUGGAGAAGAUAUCUGAGAUUGAGAAGGAAAUUGCGAGAACUCAGAAAAAUAAAGCCACUGAGUACCAUUUGGGUUUGCUGAAGGCAAAAUUGGCCAAAUAUCGAUCGCAAUUGUUGGAGCCGUCGAAGAAGGGAGAAAAGGGAGAGGGUUUCGAUGUACUAAAGUCCGGGGAUGCCCGUGUGGCUCUUAUUGGAUUCCCAUCCGUGGGUAAGUCUACGCUCCUCUCCACGCUGACGAAAACAGAGAGUGAGACGGCUAGCUAUGAAUUCACCACACUCACGUGUAUCCCGGGUGUUAUUGAGUACCGUGGAGCUAAUAUUCAGCUGCUGGAUUUGCCGGGAAUCAUCGAGGGAGCUGCUCAGGGAAAGGGUCGUGGUAGGCAGGUUAUUGCUGUUGCUCGUACAGCUGAUCUGGUGCUCAUGAUGUUGGACGCCACGAAGCCAACUGUGCACCGGGAUUUGCUUGAGCGGGAACUGGAAUCCGUGGGGAUUCGGCUAAACAAGAGGCGCCCCAAUAUCUAUUUCAAGCAGAAGAAGGGCGGUGGCCUCAGUUUUAAUAGCACGUGCGCCCUGUCGCGGUGCAAUGAGAAGAUGGUUCAGACUAUUUUGCACUCCUUCAAGAUCUUCAAUGCCGAAGUGCUAUUCCGCGAGGAUGCCACUGAGGAUGAAUUCAUUGACGUCGUUACGGCCAAUCGGGUGUACUUACCGUGCCUCUAUGUCUACAAUAAAAUCGAUCAGAUCAGCAUGGAGGAGGUGAACAGGUUGGCAAGGGAGCCAUACAGCGUUGUUGUCAGUUGCAACAUGAAGCUCAACUUGGAUUUCCUCCUGGAGACUCUCUGGGAGUCCCUACAGCUUAUCCGGGUGUACACGAAGAAGCCCGGACAGCCACCAGACUUUGAUGAUGGUCUCAUUUUGCGAAGGGGUGUCACCGUGGAGCAUGUUUGCCACGCCAUCCAUCGUACCCUGGCGAGCCAAUUCAAGUAUGCCCUAGUUUGGGGUACAUCCACAAAGUACUCCCCACAGAGAGUUGGAAUCAGUCACAUAAUGAAUGAUGAGGAUGUUAUUCAGAUUGUUAAGAAGUAAGACGGGCGCAUGUGUGCCCCUCCUUUCCGCGACUCCGGAUCAAGACGAGGAUAAUAAUGAACAUUUAAACACAAA